UUCUCUUACGCUUGGUUUGGAAGAAAAUCGAUUGAACAUUAUGCUACUCUAGCUAUAAAAAACAUGCUUUGUACACUUCAUGAAAUUUAAACAUCCUCUGUCCGAGAUUUAGAAGAAAAAGAGGCGACAGAGAUUCAUGGCGGCCUGCAUUUCAGCGUUCAGUCCGUCCAUUGAUGAAGGAAGAUGGGUGAGCCAAGGAAGCAGAGCCUUAGCGUCAGAGCUCAUCUUAGAAAUGGAAGACUUCUCUCCAACAAUAAUCUUUCAAGUCCCAAAGUCCUUGAGUGAAACCAACCCAGAAGCCUACACCCCUCUGCUACUCGGCAUGGGACCGUACCAUCAUCUCCGGCCCGACCUCCACGCCGCAGACCGGCAAAAGCUUGUCACCCUCAACAAAUUUCUCGCAAAAAACCCAACCAAAGACUUCUCCAAACACUUCCUCCAAAAGAUGAGGGAUUUGGGGCCGCUGGUUCGGGCCAGCUACGACCGGUACUUGGAUCUGGAAUGCUCCACCCUGGACUACAUCCUUGCCGUUGAUUCUUUCUAUCUGCUCGGUUUUCUUGGUUUGUACGGCCCAGAAACUCACACGGCAGAUUUUGAACCCGGUCGCCAGGAGCUUGCCAUGGAUAUCUUAAAGUUGGAGAACCAAAUCCCGGCAUUUGCGGUAAAAGAGAUGGGGAAAGAGUUAGGUUUGUUUUCAGCUGAAGAAGAAGGUAUUGGAGAAAAGAUGUUGUAUUCACAACUCUUUUACUAUAUCUGCAAAGCUCACUCUCCUCUCAAACUUGUGGAGGUUUUGAGGUAUUGCCGCCAUGAGAGCAGUCACCUGUUGGCACAUAUGUAUUAUCUGGUCGUAAACAAUACUUUCCAUCCUAUUCCGCGGUUUAGAUCAAGAAUAAGAGAGGUAGGAACAGAGGCAUUAACAACUUUAGGUGAAUUGGGACUUGGAGGAGAAGCAUCCAUAUGGAUUAAGCCCAUCCUAUUAGCAUUGAGUUUAGUACAAGUUGUGGAGAACAGCAUGUUAGCUGAUGAGAUUACUAAGAUCAAACUAUCAAAACCACCAAAGAAGAGUCAUCAAAUUCCUUCGGUAUCAGAGUUGUCCAAGACAUACAAUAUUGGUUUCGAGCUGCUGGAAAGGAAAGGGAUUAGAGAUAUCAGAUUUGACCUCGAGGACAUAAGACCGGUUUAUCUCCCUGAGAUCACUUUAAAAUGUGAUUCAGAAGUAGUUUUAAGAAACUUGGUGGCAUAUGAAUCUUCCAUUGCAACCCAAGACUCAGCCUUUGAGCUUGCUGGAUAUAUUGACCUGAUGAGCAGCAUACUGCAGACAUCAGAUGAUGUGGAAAUGCUUCGGGAGAGUGGGAUCAUCAAGGGAAGACUGGAUGACGGAGAAGUUGUUGAAAUCUUCAAUGGUAUCGGAAAAUCUGUGGGGAACUUGAAGCCUAAGGAGGAGUGUGCAAGCAGGAAGGUGGUGAAACAGGUGAAGGAGAUGGUGGAGGAAUGGGAGAAGAGGAAUGUGUGGAAGAGGUUGUGGAAGUGUGUGGAGAAGAAGGUUAAGAAUGGUGUGGAGUUGACGAGGAAGCCUGUGGGGAUUGGUCUGAAGGGUCUGCUGUAUCUGUUUAUGGCUAUGCUACUUGUGCUGCAGAUUAUGCAAGCAUAUUGCCAGGUUUAUGGAUGCAACAAAGGGGGUUCUGAGGCUAAGGCUAUGAGUUUCACUAUGUGAGGGGAGCGUUUGGUUAGAUAUUAUGGCAUUUUAUGUGGUUACUAUUUUUGAGUUUUUCUGUGUUUGUAAUGUUUUGAGUUUUCUGUCUUCGAUGGCUUAAAAGUAGUACGAGGGCUACGUAUGAA